UCUAAGAAGGAAGGUAAAACUGCAUGUAUGAAGUUUCACGCCAUACUGUCUGCGGUACGACUAUACUCAGCUCACCUUACGACUCAUACAUCGUUUCUCUUCUGCCUCGACUUCACUUCAAUCCUUUUUCUACCUAUUUAUCGACAACCGCGAUUAUUUCUAUAGACCACUAUUUCAUUUACGAGCAAAGGAUCUUCGACCAUGUGUUGUUCCGCAGACCUAUUCCUCGGCCUCCUGGCCAUCCUCUUUCCACCUCUGCCCGUCUGGGUAAAAACCGGCCUCUGCUCCGCCGACUCCAUCAUCAACAUCCUGCUCUGCGUACUCGGCUACCUCCCCGGCCUGAUCCACUCGUGGUACAUCAUCUCCAAAUUCCCCGAACUGUACGAGUACGAGUCCGGCGCGCCGCAGGACGCCGAGCCCGGCGGCCGGGUGACCUACGUCUUCGUGUCGCAGCCGCCGCAAUCCGAGCGCCCGCCCCGAGCCAGCCCGCAACAACCACAACCACAACCGCACUCGCCCUCGCACGCCAACUACGGCACCGCGAACAACGGCACCCCGUCUGCUGCCGGUCCCAGCCACGGCCACCACGACCCCGCGCCCCCGACCUACGCCGAGGCCGUGAAGGGCGACCACAAGGUGCAGACGCAGGACUAGACGUCGCCGCUGCUGCCGCGCUACUACAACUGCCAUUACCACUACCAGGUCCCCGUCCCCGUACACGCCGUGCCUACGACUCCGCCCGUGAAUCGCUCGUGGCGUCGGUCACUGGUGUCGAGCUUGUACCUUCGGGAUUUCAGGCUGCCUCGGACUCUCCGGGACCGGGAUUACUCGUGGGAGGAAUGGCUGUGGCGUCACGUGUGAAUGAAAGGUGGUUCUGAUUUCUACAUAACGGAGUUGGGGAUACGGGUUUGGGUUGAUUUGGUUCGGAAUGCGUGAUUCUUUGUUUUUUCUCCUCCGUCGGUUCGGUUCGGUUAUCUGGUGCAUGUAACAUCGCCACUGUAAAAAAAGGCAGCAAGCAAUACAUAUAUGGCAUUAUGAAAUCAUUGUGGUAGUGGUAUGGUCACGACGUAUUGCAUAUAAACAGUGUAGUCUGUAGUACUGGCUUUAUUUCUUCUCUGCCUCUACCCAUA